AUGGCAGGACAACCCACGAUAAGCAGGUUUUUCAAGAAAGCUAAUCCGCCAGGGCCGCCGCAGGAGCAAGGACAAGAGAUUGCGGUUGGAAAUGACGCUGGUAGUGAAUCCAUUUGCCUUGACACUGAUGAAGAGGAUACAGCGGAGACACAGUCCUCAACUGCAACUUCAACGUUGCUUGACGAUGACGUUUCUAUCAAGAAAUUGCCAAGCACUGGGGAGACAAUUUGUACUCCAACGAAAUCUAGUGAUAUUGACUUCGCCAGCAAAAUGGAUAGAAUUAUGAAAAGAGGAGCUGAUGUGGAUACACAGUCUGAUGAAAAUGACAGAGAGAAUUUGGAAGUAUCUUUUAAAAAAAGAGUCCAAAGAAAACCUAUAGCAAAACUCACGCCCUUGGAUCAACAGGUGAAGGACCUAAAAAUGUAUCAUACUGAUAAAGUGCUUGUCAUUAGGGUUGGAUAUAAAUAUAAAUGUUUUGCGGAGGACGCAAUAACUGUGAGCAGGAUAUUGCAUAUUAAGCUGGUGCCUGGUAAACUGACUAUUGAUGAGUCGAACCCUCAGGAUGCUAGUCAUAGGCAGUUUGCGUAUUGCUCUUUCCCAGAUGUUAGAUUAAACGUUCAUCUGGAAAGACUUGUACAUCAUAAUUUGAAAGUGGCCGUGGUGGAACAAGCAGAAACAAGUGCCAUCAAGAAACAUGAUGCAGCUGCCAAUAAGUCUAGUGUUUUUGAAAGAAAGAUUUCUAACGUUUUUACCAAAGCUACUUUUGGUGUCAACUCUAAUUUUGUUCUUAAGGGUAAGCGCAUUCUUGGUGAUACAAGCAGUAUAUGGGCUCUGUCUCGUAUCUUGUAUCAAGAAAAGAUGGCCAACUAUUCUUUGAUUUCCGUUAAUUUAAAUAGUGGAGAGGUCGUGUAUGAUGAAUUUGAAGAACUUAAUCACGCCACUGAGAAGCUGCAAGCACGAAUCAAAUAUCUCCAACCCAUAGAAGUAUUGGUAGAUACAGAGAAUCUACCAUCCCAUGUAGAGAAACUAUUCAAGGGUAUUUCAUGUAAUUUACUCCACAAGAAUAUGCCGGAUCUGCAAGAGGAUGUGGUUCUUUCAAUAGAAGUGAUGAAUGAUAAAUUAAGAUUAUCACCAUCACUCAUACCGCUGAUUCACAAAUUGUAUUCACAUAUGAUUGAGUACAACAAUGAGCAGGUGAUGUUGAUCCCCUCCAUUUAUGCACCCUUUGCAUCAAAAAUACACAUGUUACUAGAUCCUAAUACCUUACAGAGUCUUGAUAUUUUCACUCAUGGUGGUGGUAAGGGAUCUUUAUUUUGGUUAAUGGACCAUACAAGGACAUCAUUUGGUUUCAGAAUGUUAAGGAAAUGGAUUUUUAAUCCUUUGACAGAUGUAGACAAAAUUGAGGAACGACUUGAUGCGAUUGAAUGUAUUACAUCUGAAAUCAACAAUAAUAUUUUUUUUGAGUCACUGAAUCAAAUGCUAAGUCAUACCCCAGACUUGCUGAGGACCUUAAAUCGUAUAAUGUAUGGUACAACUUCUAGAAAGGAAGUUUACUUUUAUCUAAAGCAAAUAACGUCAUUCGUUGAGCACUUCAAGGUGCAUCAGUCGUAUCUAUCGGAACAGUUUAAAUCAUCCGAAGGAAGGAUAUGCAAAAAAUCGUUGCUACUUUUCAAAUUAUUCAGUGAAUUGAAUCAACUACUUUCUAGCACUCAAUUGCCUUAUUUUCUCACCAUGAUCAAUGUUUCGGCAGUAAUGGAAAAAAACCCAGACAGGCAAAUUAUGGAUUUUUUCAAUCUAAACAAUUAUGAUCAUUCAGAGGGCAUUAUAAGCAUCCAAAGGGACAGUGAACUGGUACGAACACAGCUAAAGGAGGAAUUGAUACAGAUACGAAAAUAUCUUAAGCGUCCUCAUUUGAAUUUCAGAGACGAGGUAGAUUAUUUAAUUGAAGUUAAGAAUUCGCAAAUUAAGGAUUUGCCGGAUGAUUGGAUAAAAGUCAACAAUACGAAGAUGGUUAGCAGAUUUUCUACACCAAUGACUCAAAAAUUGACGCAACAGCUGCAAUAUCAUAAGGACCUGUUAAUGCGUGAAUCUGAACUGCAGUAUAAAACAUUUUUGAACAAAAUUACGGCAGAAUAUACAGAACUUCGUAAAAUUACACUAAAUUUAGCGCAGUACGAUUGUAUUUUAUCACUAGCAGCCACAUCGUGCAAUGUUAAUUACGUCAGACCAACUUUUGUGAACGACCAACAAGCGAUAAUCGCGAAGAACGCAAGAAAUCCAAUCAUUGAGUCAUUAGAUGUCCAGUAUGUACCGAAUGAUAUUAUGAUGUCUCCAGAACAUGGCAGAAUCAGUAUUAUAACGGGACCAAACAUGGGUGGGAAAUCCUCUUAUAUCAGGCAAGUAGCGCUACUAACCAUAAUGGCACAGAUUGGUUCAUUUGUCCCUGCGGAAGAAAUAAGAUUAAGCAUAUUUGAAAAUGUGUUGACCAGAAUUGGUGCACAUGACGAUAUUUUGAAUGGUGAUUCCACAUUUAAGGUGGAAAUGCUUGACAUUUUGUACAUUUUGAAGAAUUGUAAUGGGCGAUCGUUACUAUUACUAGAUGAAGUUGGAAGAGGUACCGGGACGCAUGAUGGUAUAGCGAUAUCCUAUGCAUUGAUAAAGUACUUUUCUGACUUAAAUAAUUGUCCCUUGAUAUUAUUCACAACUCAUUUUCCCAUGUUAGGAGAAAUUAAAUCACCAUUGAUUAGAAAUUAUCAUAUGGAUUACGUGGAAGAACAAAAGUCCGGCGAAAACUGGAUGAGUGUCAUUUUUUUGUAUAAAUUGAAAAAAGGAUUAACUUAUAAUAGCUACGGGAUGAACGUAGCGAAAUUGGCUCGCUUGGAUAAAGAUAUUAUAAAUCGGGCGUUUAUUAUCUCUGAAGAAUUGCAGAAAGAAGCUGCCAACGGUGAAGAACUCAAAUUGUUCAGUCGUUUGAAAAGAAUAAUAAAAAACGAUGAUAUGACAGCAACAGAUAAACUUGUGAAUUUUUUAUCUUUGAAUACUCACUGA